AGAAUGUUCUUGUUCAACUUACUUCUCGUCUUUUCUUUUAUAGGGUUGCUCCUGCUUCUAACCUGUAUUGGGUGGUGGGUGUACGUUCGUAUUUCACCUUUUCACAUAGCUGUCAAUCGGAUACCAGGACCUAAAAGCUUACCAUUCAUUGGAAAUACUUUAGAUAUAGCUGGUGGGCUCCAAGAUAUUUUGUACAUCUUGCAAGAGAAAUGGCCACAACAGUUCGGAGGAAUAUAUCGAUUUUUUGUUGGUACACACUGCUACGUCACUGUUUCAUCGCCAGAAAUGAUGGAAAUUAUUUUAAGUAGUCAAAAGACGAUCGACAAAGGUUCGUCGUAUGACCAACUAGUACCAUGGCUAGGACAAGGACUUCUCAUUAAUUCCGGGGAUUUGUGGAGAUCGCGACGAAAGAUGUUGACGCCAGCAUUUCAUUUUUCUAUUUUGAAUAGCUUCAUCGAAGUUUUUAAUGAACAGAGCCGCAUUCUCUGCGGAAUUCUAGAUGAUGUGUGCGCGUCUUUUGCGGAAGGAAAAGCGGAAAUAGACGUCUACCCGUUUCUCACUAAAUGUUCUCUGGAUAUUAUUUGUGAAACUACAAUGGGGACAAGAAUCAAUGCACAGACAGAAGAUUCUGAUUAUGUCAAUGCAGUUUAUAGGAUUGGGCGUUUAUUGGUAGAACGAUUUCAAAAUCCCUUCAUGAGGAAUCCGACCAUUUUCUCAUUUACGGCUUUAGGAAAAGAACAUGAGCGACUGCUGAAAACUCUUCACGGAUUCACGGAGAGCGUGAUCCACAACAGGCGAGAAGUCUUAAGCCAGAAAAUCAAUGACGAAAUCGACCAUACGGAAACAGGAAUUAAAAAUCGAUUGCCGCUUCUCGAUUUGUUACUGAAGGCUUCGAAUAAUGGGGAGGUCCUUUCUUCGCAGGAUAUUCGAAAUGAAAUUGAUACCUUUAUGGUUGAGGGGCAUGACACCACUGCUUCCCUGUUAGGAUGGUUUUUGUAUUCCAUGGCAGCCAACCCGGAUUGUCAAAAGAAGGUUUGGAAUGAACUUCAAAGCACAUUCGGAGAUUCGGAAAGAUAUUUCAAACAACAAGAUAUUUCUAACCUGAAAUACUUAGAAUGUUGCAUCAAGGAAACAUUGCGAAUAUAUCCUAGUGUUCCAGGGGUUGAAAGAACAGUUGUAGAAGACAUUCAGCUUGGCGAAUAUUUGGUACCGGCGGGAUGCACUCUGGGAUUGUUAGUUUACGCAGCUCAUCGAAAUCCGAAAUUCUUUCCCGAUCCUUUGGUUUUCAACCCAGAACGUUUUUUUCCGGAUGAGGCAAUCGGACGACAUCCAUACGCCUACGUGCCAUUCAGUGCUGGACCUCGUAAUUGCAUCGGGCAAAGAUUUGCGUUGCUAGAGAGCAAGACGGUUCUGUCCACACUUCUAAGACGUUUCAAAUUUGAAAUUGCACCUAACGCCAAGCAACCUAUUCUUUCAGAUAAUCUAAUUCUGAAAUCCAUGAAUGGGAUAAAUUUACUUGUAUCCCGUCGUUGAAAUACCGCUUGCGAAGACUAAGUAUACCAAAGUUUUAUUAAGAGAGGGCUCCGCACAGCAGACUACAAUUAUUGGCAAUUACCCAGAACAGGACAUGUACUCAAGCCGUAAGCUUGUGCGACGUUUUUCUGUUGAUUUGGUAACGAAUUCAAACUAGAAUUUUGUAAUGCUUUUAAAAUUAGGAUCUUUCAUGCUUUGCAGCAACAAAUAAAAAAUUGCUAUAUAUUUUUUUAACAGCUACAAAUGGCUGGCAUAUUCUUUCAUUCUUGUAAGCAGUUGAAUUUAAUUAUAAUGUCACCCCUUUA